CUCAUCUUUGUAAGAAACCGAAACAAACCAGGCUCCCCACGCCAUGGCCUUCGGCUUUCCCUGCUGUGUUCCCCGCUGCUGCAGCGUCCCCACCGGGCCCGCCACCACCAUCUGCACCUCUGACAAAUGCUGCCGCUGUGGAGUCUGCCUGCCCAGCACCUGCCCACACACAGUUUGGCAACUGGAGCCAACCUGCUGUGACAACUGUCCCCCGCCCUGCCACAUCCCUCAGCCCUGUGUACCCACCUGCUUCCUGCUCAACUCCUGCCAGCCAACCCCAGGCCUGGAGACCCUCAACCUCACGACCUUCACUCAGCCCUGCUGUGAGCCCUGCACCCCAAGAUGCUGCUGACCUGUGGCUUCUCUGCCCCGUGCCUGACAAUGAAGAACCCAGAAGCUGCCUAUUCAGGAUUCUCUUGCCUCAGUAGUUUAUCCGAUAUUAAGGUAGACCAGACAGCCUAGAUAGAAAGAUCUUAUUCUAGAUUUUAAUUGAAAAUAAAAUAAGACAUUUCGUAUGGUUAUUCAGAUAAAUAAUUGUUUGGUUCAUUUGGCCAGGUGAAUGUCUAAUGUCUUCUAUUUCAACAUAUUAUUUAAAUCUUUAAGACCUCAGACUAUAUUUCUUGAUCAUGUUACUUCCUGGAUCUCAUUUCUUGUGUGGGGUGUGUUCAUAGAGGCAAAAGAAUUUCUUGAUGGGUUUUACAAUAAACUUGAUUUCUGUGGCAA